AACACUCACGUCGUGUUGCAUUGCAGCUCGAAUUUUCUCAUUUUCGGCUGCGGCUUAUAUUCGAAAUCUCGCGGUAUGCUUGGCGGUCACGCGGCUGCGUACGUCACACUGGUGUGACGGGGAAGGAGCCAGCGAACGAAAAUGGCGGACGUAGUGCGGUCUGUUACGUAGCGAGGUACGGCGGCUGCUGCUGACUUUGAGGUUGAUCCUCCCUUGAUCUACCUAUCUCGCGAUAUUUCCGGUGUUUUUUGAGCGAGCUAGAAGCGCUUGUUAAUAGCUGAUUUUGUGGUUUUAUGCGGGCAAAGUAUUCGUCCUCGUUUUUGCUACCACCCAUGAUGGCAUCCGUAGGCAAUCGCCAUCUUGUGCUCCGACGGGUGUCUUGCGUGUGGAACUUGUGUGGCCACUGAACUUUCGUUCACGUGUGAUUUCCUACGAUCACUACAACGUUUGUGACCGACUUUUUGUGAAAAUACCCUGGGACUUGUGCUUUGGUUCAUGCAACGUUCCAAUUUGGACCGCUGACUGCUAGGACUUUUUCCGAACGUGUGCCGAUCCGUCGUGUUCUUAUCCCAGGGAUGGAGGCUUCCGACGGCGAAAGCAACAGCUCAAACAAUAGCUCGGACAGCGAUUCUGACGCUGGCUCCAGUGCUGGAAGUCCCCAGUGGCCAUCACCCAAUGGAACUGACAAGGGUGGUGCAAACACGAACCAGACUGCUGAUACUAGCAGAGAAGAUGAAGAGGAUGGAGAGCAAGGGUCUGGAUCUGCUGCCUCUAGCUCCGAAGAAGGCAGUGACAAUGAAAACUCCGACGAUGAAGAUGGAGACCAGAGCGACCAAAGCAACUCACACGUGAGCAGAAGUAGUUCACGGAAUGAACAGCAGAAGAGAGGACGGAGCUCUCGGGAGCUUAAACAGGUGUGGGAAGAGAACCCUGACAUGUACGGUGUGCGGCGGUCGCACCGAAGCCGCAAGGAGCCAGCACGUUACACAAUUGAUGAGUCUGAAGGUAGCGACACGAGAAAGGCACCACGAAGCAGUGGUGGUUCUCAUGCUCGAAGAAAGAAUGCUGCUGAUUGGCGUUCAAGCGAAAACAGCGAGAGCGAGGACAGUGAGAGCAAUGAGAAGGUGGCGCCAGCUGCAAAAAGAAGCGGACAACGAAGCUCCGGAAGCAAGCCUCAGCCCAGGAAGCCGGCGCCUUCAAGGAGGAGGAGGGUAUCUGACAGCUCAGCAGAAGAAGACUCUUCAGAAGAGAGCGAUGACGACGACCCCAAGAGGCAGGCAACACGACGGCCAAGCAAGAAAGUGAGCUACAAGGAACAGAGCGCAGAUGAGACUGGCUCUGACGACCUCGUUGAAGUGGAGUACGACGAGCAGGCAUCCGCGGCGCAGGACGUCAGCAGUGAGGCGGUGGAGAGAAUCAUCGACCAUCGCUUGGGCAAGAAAGGAGCAACCGGAGCUUGCACGACAGUGUACACAGUGGAAGAGUUUGGGGACCCCAAUGCGGGUGCAGAUAGCGAGGACGUGGAGAAGGAGACACAGUACCUGAUCAAGUGGAAGGGCUGGUCGCACCUGCACAACACCUGGGAGACCUUGCAGACCCUGCAGGACCAGAAGGUGAAAGGGAUCAAGAAGCUUGAAAACUACAUGAAGCGGGAAGACGAAGUUCGGCAGUGGAAGGACCAUGCCUCUCCCGAAGACAUUGAAUACUUUGAGUGCCAACAAGAGCUGUCUGAAGAGCUUCAGGGGAAGCACAUGCAAGUGGAAAGGAUUAUUUCUCAUGCCCCCUCCAAGAGUGGAGAUGCAGAACAGAUGGACUACUUCUGCAAGUGGGAUGGACUUCCGUACUCCGAGUGUACGUGGGAAGACGGAAACCUGAUCAAGAAAAAAUUCCAGCACAUGAUUGAUGAGUACCACGCACGGCAAAAGUCGCAGAGAAUACCCAGCAAAGUGUGCAAGGUACUGAAAGUUCGUCCGAAGUUCCAGCAGCUGAAGACGCAGCCGUCAUACGUGGGCGGCGAUCAGAGCUUCGAACUUCGAGACUAUCAGCUUGAGGGCCUCAACUGGUUGGCCAAUUCAUGGUGCAAGGAGAAUGGAGUCAUUCUGGCUGAUGAAAUGGGCUUGGGAAAGACCAUCCAAACAAUCAGUUUCCUCAGCUAUCUGUUUCAUCAUCAUUCUCUGUAUGGACCUUUUCUGUUGGUUGUGCCUCUGUCUACGAUGGCAUCCUGGCAGAAAGAGUUUGCACAGUGGGCCCCGGAGAUAAACGUGGUCGUUUACUUGGGGGACGUCAGCUCCCGCACUGUGAUUCGGGAACACGAGUGGUGCCACCCCGGGAACAAGAGGUUAAAGUUCAACGCGCUCCUUACGACAUACGAAAUCUUGCUGAAGGACAAGGCCUUCCUUGGCAAUGUCGGUUGGGCAGUGCUUGGCGUGGACGAAGCGCACAGGCUGAAGAACGACGACUCUCUGCUCUACAAGUCUCUGUUUGAAUUUGACACCAACCAUCGGCUACUCAUUACCGGUACUCCCCUGCAGAACUCGUUGAAGGAACUCUGGGCUUUGCUUCACUUCAUCAUGCCACAGAGGUUUAACUCAUGGCCUGAAUUUGAAGCUGAGCACAAAGAAACAGCGGACAAAGGCUACACCAAGUUGCAUCGGCAGCUGGAGCCUUUCCUCUUGCGAAGAGUAAAGAAAGAUGUGGAGAAGUCCCUGCCUGCCAAAGUGGAGCGCAUUUUACGAGUGGAAAUGACUACAGUUCAGAAGCAGUACUACAGAUGGAUCCUGACAAAGAACUACAAGGCUUUGAGCAAGGGCGUGAAGGGAUCACAGUCUGGCUUCAUCAAUAUUAUGAUGGAGCUGAAGAAAUGCUGCAAUCAUGCCGCCCUCAUUCGGCACCCUGACGCAAACCCAAAUAUAGACCCCCUGCAGCAAGUGAUCAGGGGUAGCGGAAAGCUUGUGCUCCUAGACAAGCUGCUCUGCAGACUGAAGGAGACGGGUCACCGAGUGCUCAUCUUUUCCCAAAUGGUCCGAAUGUUGGACAUUAUCUCGGACUACCUGCAGUUGAGGCGCUUCCCGUUUCAACGUCUUGAUGGCUCCAUCAAAGGGGAGCUGCGUAGGCAAGCCCUUGAGCACUUCAAUGCAGAUGCAUCACAGGAUUUCUGCUUUCUGUUAUCAACACGUGCUGGAGGUCUCGGCAUCAACCUGGCCACAGCGGACACUGUUGUCAUCUUCGACAGUGACUGGAACCCUCAGAAUGACCUCCAAGCUCAGGCCAGAGCCCAUCGUAUUGGCCAGAAAAAUCAAGUGAACAUCUACCGAUUGGUGACUAAGAACAGCGUAGAGGAGGACAUCAUAGAAAGGGCGAAGCGCAAAAUGGUGCUGGACCACUUGGUGAUACAGAGGAUGGACACCACAGGCAGGACGGUACUCUCAAAGAGCAGUGCGCCUUCGAGUAAUACAACUCCUUUCAACAAAGAGGAGCUGGCAGCCAUAUUGAAGUUUGGUGCUGAAGAGCUCUUCAAAGAGACUGACGAAGGUGACGAGGAGCCUCAGGUUGACAUUGAUGAGAUUCUUCAACGAGCAGAGACUCGAGAGGAGGCCCCGAGUACAGUGGGAGAUGAACUGCUUGGGUCAUUCAAGGUGGCCAGCUUCAACUUCAAUGAGGAAGAAGAAGACACAAUGAAAGCGGAGGCUGAAGAAUUGUCGCCUGCCGAAGGCAAGGAUUGGGACGAAAUCAUUCCAGCGGAAGAGCGAAAGAAGGUUGAGGAUGAAGAGAGACUAAAGGAAGAGAUGGAAUUGUACCUGCCACCACGCAGUCGUAAAUCUGUUCACCAGACCGCUGCAUCCGACAGCGAAGACGGAGGUGGUCGUCGCCGUCGCGGAGCCGGCUCUGGUAAUAACUCUGAGGAUGACGGCCGUCCGCGGAAGAGGGGCAGGCCCAGGCUCAUCCCUCGUGACACAGUUAAGGGAUUCACGGACGCAGAAAUCCGGCGGUUCGUCAAGAGUUACCGCAAGUUUCCUGCGCCAUCUAAGAGGCUAGAUGCAGUUGCCCUAGACGCAGAACUUCAAGAGAAGCCCCUGGCUGACUUGAAGCGCCUGGCACAGAUGCUGCACAGCGGUUGCGAGCAGGCCAUGCAGGAAAGCCAGGGUGGCGGAAACAACAGUGCUGAUGGGACGCCCACGCCUCGCAAGAGGCACCAGCGGACCACUUUCAAGCUCUCCGGGGUGUCUGUAAAUGCCAAGUCCGUGCUAGCGAGCUAUCAGGAGCUGAGCAUCUUGGAAAAUGUGUUACCAGCUGGGGCCGAGGAGAGAAAACACUGGGUGAUGGACGUGCCCACGCGUGAUCCACACUUUGAUACCAUAUGGACGGUGGCGGAAGACUCGGCCCUCCUCAGGGGCAUCUACGAACAUGGAAUGGGCAGUUGGGAGGCAAUGAAGAUGGACAGCUCCCUCGGCCUGGGAGACAAGAUUCUUCCCGACGCAAGUGAGGCAAAACCUCAGGGAAAGCAUCUGCAGAGCAGGGCUGACUACUUGCUCAAGCUGCUGCGCAAGGUCCAUGCAAGACAGAAUGCUCUGAAAGAUGGAAAGGAUAAGCCCAAGAGGCCACGAAAGUCUCGUGCAGACAAGAUGCACCUGAGCAAAGCGAUCGUAGAAAACGAUGACAGCAACGACAGUGACACAGCCACCUCUGCUAAGGCGCGGAAGCCAAAAAUCAAGACUGAGGAUGGCGUGCCAACGCCGACGGCCGCAGUGGAUGGCGCAGUAGCUCCUGGUGCGGUUAAGUCCGAGGAGGCUGAUGGCACUGUCAAGGCUAAGAGAAAGAAGAGGGAACCGAAGGAUGACAAAGAAAAGAAGAAGGCAAGAAAGAAACACGACGGCACAGCAGAGGGCGUUGGGAAAGUAAAGACGAAGAAGGACAUGCCCAUCAUGCACUAUACGGCAAAUGCUGCACCACAGGUCAUUGAAAGCACAGAAAUAUUUGAUCCUCAGCUUUUCAACGAGUGUAAAGAAAAGAUGCGACCGGUGAAGCGUGCCUUGAAACAGCUGGACACUCCCGAUGCCUCGCUUACGGACGAGGAGCAAGUGCAGCACACGCGGAAUUGCCUGCUCAAAAUCGGCGAGCACAUCAACGAAUGUGUCAGCGAGUACACCGACACAGAAAAGGCGAAGCAGUGGCGCUCGAACCUGUGGUCUUUUGUGUCAAAAUUUACCGAAUUAGACGCCAAGGCCUUGUUUAGGCUGUACAGACACGCGCAGAAGAAGAGCGACACCGGGGAAAAGACCGACAAGAACAAGGACCACGAACACAAAUCCUACCGUUCCCACGACGAGACAAGUCGAGACUCUACGAAGCACGAGAAACCGUCAAGUGGAGUGAAGCGUCACGGAGGGUCCGAAGAUCAGGCGAGACCGCACAAGAGACCGCACGAGGACAAACCUAGGGACAAGCGGCCAGAUGGGAAUAGGGAUAGUGGUGGCCACCAGAGGGUUGGAAGCAGCGGAUCUUACUGGGACAGAGGCAUCAAGAGCCCCGGUCAUAUGAAGAGCUCCUCUUCCUCCAACAGCUACAGUGCCCCACCUCAUCGGACAGGCCAGAAUGCUGACCACUGGAGCCAUAAGGGUCCAUCCAGUUGGGAGUACAAGGACAGGUACAACAGUGAGUACACGAAGCAAGACCAUUAUCGGCACUACGGGAGCGGCGGAAGCCGAGGGGACGACUACAAGAGGGACAAGGACCCUCGGUCCCGCCAGGACAGGAGAUACCAUGGUGGAGGGAGCAGCUACCCCUACCAGGGAAUGGCCGGAGGCUACGGCGUGGGACCACCAGGCGGCUACGGCACUUCACACCCUCCUCCUCCUCCUUCGAUACCUCCUCCCCAAGUCUCUCCAGUUCCGCCGGGCGGUGACUCGCACAGUCCGUUCCAAGGGCACACAGACUCUUGGCGAAGGAAAGAGCAUCAAAGCAGCUACAACAGGCGGCCGUACGACAGGCCCCCCACGGACGCAGCUUCGAAGCAUACUUGAGGACAGUGCGAAGUUGUUUUUUGUAAUGAGAGAUACUGGGAGCCCGCAAAAGUUUGUUUGCUCAUAAGGUCUACUUAGUGAGCCCUUCCAUGGGAUGCUAACCCUUCCGUGAAGGAGUGACUGUGCCUGCGGUGCCACGGAACUCUCAACGCUUGUGCCGGGUCUGUGUCCUAAAACUGUGUAUAGCUUGGUGGCAAAGUAGCGACUGCCUGAUAUCAUGGACCAUGGGAAGGCAGCAGUGAUUCUGACGGUGACAAAAAAGAACAGGUGUUUGAGACAGAAUGGUUUUUGAAAAUCAUGAACUGUAUUUUUUGAGCAGGACCAAACGACCGGCUCUGCCAAGCAAGUUGGCUGUGAUUCCUUUUUUGGGGGACUCGUUCUGGAAAUUAUGGGUCGAAACUGAGCAUCAGUCUCUUUGUUUGGUGCAUGUAGGAAAUGUGUACAGAAAAUUGUUUAUUUAGAGUUUUGAGAAAGAUAUAAAUAUACAUAUAUAUAUGUACAACGUAGUGAUGUUUGUGACGUUUUGUACCUCGGUUCUGAGGGAAGCAACUGCAAUGGACUUUUUUCACAUACACGUAUCGUACCCAAGCGUCUCUCCAGCUAACCACGCUCGGAGCAUGUCAGAACAAAUUCAUGUGGGUAGCACAAAGGGCGAAAACCGGUCCGGACUGGGACCGACGAGCUCGCGCCGUUAGUGCAAUAUCUGCACUGGUCCUCACUACUGUCUUUCCCAUACUGCGCCAUCUAGUGAAGACAAAUAACCCUCUCCGGUGCCCCAAGAUUAUGCACAUAGGUCGUUGUGAUAAAGGUUCAUUAACUGUGAUAAGCUGACAACAAAUUAAACCUUAUAGCUAGCAAGCCGAUAUUUCAAAUCUCUUUGUAGAGUUAAUUUAUGCUUUUUUGCAAAUUGACACUAAUGCGAAAACACAGCCAGCAAAUGCACAGUGCUGGACAAAAGUUCACGGAGCACGCUCCGACGCAGUCCUUCCUCAGAAUGACAUGCUAGCAGCGAAUGGUAUCAAAAGCGGUAUGGUAUUAAAAAUGGUAUUGAAAGAUCGAAAAUAGGACAACAUGAACAGCAGCUUCUCAUUUGAAGAUUUGGUAACCUUUGCCUACCUGAUAUUGUUGCAGAACCAAAAGUGGACAUUCCACGUGCCUUCUGUUCUUUUCGAACGUGUCUGCUAUAUUGUUGACAAGAUUUGGAUUAUCCAUGCUGAAUUAUCAACCACUUCUGUUGCGACCGAGAACAUUGCACAAACUGUGGGCAGGGAUCAAGCUAAACUGGUGGCUGGUGUCAGAAUUAGAUGAGUGUUUGAUCACCUGCUUGGCCUGAGCCUGGAUGGAGCCCUCAUAAGUUUUGUGCAUUGUUAUAUGUGGGACAUCAUUAAUGAGACUGACUGGGAGCUGCUGACUGAUUUUGAUUUUGAGCUACGUGCUGGUGCCAAAUGUGAAAUUUCAUACGGGAGGGCAUUGCAGUUCUUGAGAUAAAUGAGAACAAUGAACAUCAUGUACGCGUCCAGUUUCAGCUUUAUUGAGCUGUAAACAUGAGCUACCGCACUUGGCAGACGUCAGAAAGGUGCGUGACCGAGAAAAAGGUGACUGAGGGACUGUUUGUGAUUCAGUAAAAAUCAAGUUUUCUUUUC